CUAUGUAUGCAUGUACCCGUACCCGUACCGUACAUCGCAGCUAGCGUAGAUGGGAAGGACACAUGGGCAGUCUAGGGCGGGCGAGACGUGCAUGUAUCAAACACUUCGAGAGUAUGAGGAGGAUGAGAUAGAAUUGAAUGCAUGUUUGGUAGUGUUUUUGGGUUGGAACUGUGUUUUGUAUGGCCUCGAGAUGGUGGUGUCUCCCAUGUGCCUUCGUUGAGGUUCUUUUACGUUGGCUACAUGCGUGAGAGGCAAUGGGGAACAGAAGAUAUCUUGAAUCUCCUCCUAUUCAUUCAAUCUUUUGUUCAAAGACCUGGAAACCCCACGAGCGUGACAAUUUCCCGUGGAUGCAAUUCCUACCACAAAGCGUCGCCCCAUGAAAAGGAAAGAGAGACAACUUUGAACAUGCACCUUCUUUUCAUUUCCUUGAUAGGUAGUAGGUACUCAAUCUUUCCCUUCAAAACGUGUAUUUUCAUCUAUCGCAGACAUUACGACGAUGUAAAGUUUCGAUUCUUUUUCCCUUUUCUCUUUGCCGUUUGUUUCAUUUUUCCGUUUUCUUUUUCGAAUCUUGCAUUUGGUUUGCUUUUUCUUGAUCCUCCGAUCCUGCAAUCCUUUUAUUGACUACCAUCAUCACAUAUCAUAAUCCCAUUAUAUCAUUCAUUAGGUACCCAAGUGACCAACUCUAUACGCCGCAGCCACAGUCGUAUCCGAAAUCCUUCCGGUUCAAAAAGCAAAA